ACCCUCUUUAUUUCCCCUCUUCACGUGAUGAGGGCGGGAAGUGACGCGCGUGGCCCGGGAGCUGCGGACGUGGAGGCCGACGGACCCGGAGUCGCGGACGCCGCGGGGUCUCCGGGACAGGAACCCCCAGUGCUGUGUCCAGAUUGUGCAGGGAAGGUUUGCUGGGAUCUCAGCCCCACCCAGCCAGUGGAAUGUCAGCUACGCUGGAUCUGAAAUCGAAGGAGGAGAAGGAUGCUGAGUUGGACAAGAGGAUUGAGGCUCUUCGGCGGAAGAAUGAGGCCCUCAUCCGGCGCUACCAGGAGAUUGAAGAGGACCGUAAAAAAGCUGAACUUGAGGGUGUAGCAGUGACAGCUCCCCGGAAGGGCCGCUCGCUGGAGAAGGAGAAUGUGGCAAUUGAGGUGGAGAAGCACCAGGGUCCCUCCCGGAGGUCUCCGGGGACUCCUCGGCUCCCAGGGUCCAGCAGGGGAGGCCGGACUCCCACCCAGCAGGGAGGCCGGGCAGGGAUGGGCCGGGCGUCCCGCAGCUGGGAUGACAGUCCUGGGGGGCAGCCUCGAGGAGGAGCUGGGGGCCGCGGCCGGAGGGGCCGGGGCAGGGGGUCCCCUCAUCUCUCUGGAGCUGGAGAUACAUCAACAGCUGACCGCAAAUCCAAGGAGUGGGAGGAGCGGCGCAGGCAGAACAUCGAGAAGAUGAACGAAGAGAUGGAGAAGAUUGCGGAAUACGAGCGCAACCAGCGGGAAGGUGUGCUGGAGCCCAACCCCGUGCGGAACUUCCUAGAUGACCCCCGGCGGCGCAGUGGGCCCCUGGAGGAGCCCGAGCGGGACCGCCGGGAAGGCAGCCGCCGGCACGGGCGCAACUGGGGGGGUCCCGACUUUGAGCGGGUGCGCUGCGGCCUCGAGCAGGAGCGGCAGGGCCGCCGGGCCGGCUUGGGUGGUGCCGGUGACAUGACACUCUCCAUGACGGGCCGGGAGCGGUCGGAGUACUUGCGCUGGAAGCAGGAGAGGGAGAAGAUUGACCAGGAGCGGCUGCAGAGACACCGCAAGCCCACUGGCCAGUGGCGGCGGGAGUGGGAUGCUGAGAAGACUGAUGGCAUGUUCAAGGAUGGCCCGGCUGCUGCCCUUGAACCGUCCCACCAUUACGAUGACCAGGCUUGGGCCCGGCCCCCCAAACCCCCCACUUUCAGGGAGUUUCUGUCCCAGCAUAAAGCUGAGGUCAGUCGCAGGAGGAGGAAGAGCAGCCGACCCCAGGCCAAGGCAGCCCCCCAUGCCUACAGUGACCAUGAUGACCGCUGGGAGACAAAGGAGGCCGUGUCCCCAGCCCCCGAGGCCCCACAGCCCACUCCCCCAGAAGAGACAAUCACAAAGCCGCCUGAGACCCCAGCCCCUGCCCACCGGCCUCCUGAGGAUCAGGGGGAGGAGGACGAGGGGGAGGAGGAUGAAGGGGAAGACGAGGAGUGGGAAGAUGUGAGUGAGGACGAGGAGGAGAUUGAGGAGGAAGAGGAGGAGGAGGAGGAGGAGGAGGAGGAAGCAGCAGCCCAAGACCAUCAACGCCAAGAGGCAGAGCCCACUGAGAGCCCGAGUAGUGAGCAGGCCAAACAAGAGCCCGCCGGGCCCCAGGAGCCCCUGCCACUUCCCCAGUCUCCUAGCAAGCCUUCCAGCCCCUUCUUGCCCCCUGGGGGCCAUCAGCCUGUGUCCGACUGGGGUGAAGAGAUGGAGCUGAAUUCUCCCCGGACUACCCACCCGGCUGAUGCCCUCUCUCCGGGUGAGGCCUGGCCUUUUGAAAAUGCAUGAAGCUGGCUGCUUGUGUGUGUGCUCGAGGGGUGCAUGGGCAGGGGGGAACCUCAGGGGCGGGGCUCUGGGACCCCAUGUGCCCCACUGCCCUGGUGGCUAGGGAGGACAGCCCAUGCCCCCCUGUGUACUGUCUGCCCCUGUCUCUGGAAUGCCCACCCCCAGAUCCUGCCCCUGCUCUGGGCCAUUCAGAGCCCCCUUCCCAAUAAAGAGUUCACGUUGUCAAA